AUGUCAUAUUCCCGGGGACUACCUUUCAAAGCCACAGUACCAGCGCCUGCCGCCACCAUCAGCACCAUCACCAGCAGCACCGGCACACUGGGAAGACAUCAAACUUUUGGGAUCGCGGCUCUAGGGAAUGAAGCAUAUGAUCCGCUCGUGAGAGACCAGACAAGUGUCGAGAAGGCUGGACAGCGUAAAGCUGGCAUCUUCCCCAAAACAGCGCCCUCAAAACAACAGUCAAAGAUGGAUUCUGAAGGCGAGGAACAGACUGUAAAAACGUGCAACACAGAUCUAUCCAAUCAAGAUUUCAUUGUUGAGACUAACAGCCCAUACGGGUCGUCGGUUCGAAAGAGAAGCGCCCAGGACGGGGCGCAGGGGGCCCCUAUCAACAAGCGGAAGUCCCUGCUGAUGAAGCCGCGCCACUACAGCCCCAGCGAGGCCCGCGACGAGUACGGUGGCGAGGAUCCGUUGCCGCGGCGGGACAAAGACGUGGCGAGAAGUGCCGACAGUCCAGCAGAUGGCAACGUGAGUCCAGUCAAUGGUGUACUACAGAGAAACGGCCACUCUAACGAUUCCCUGGGCUGGACCCCCGAAGACUCACCGCGAUGCGAGGUUAGCACACCAGAAAUGUAUGAAGAAGACGAAGAGGAAGUAGACGAAGACCAAAGUCAGGACAGGCUAAGUGGCGCAUCGUCGCCGCAGAGCCCAAGCAAGCUCAGUUGGCCCUUUGGCACACAAAUGAACGGCUUGAGCCCCUCCAGAACCUGUGAAGACCCUUCACCCGUGAGGGAAGAUGCUCACCCUGAGCUGAGCAGAGGAGGCCUUUUCCAGAGAUACAGACUGAAAGAGGAGGAGAAUGUGGAGGAUGAGGAGGAGGGGUACAGCGACCCCGAUGUGGAUAGGCCUCCCCGGCUGGAGGGCUGGGCACUGGACCGCCUCCACCAGAGAGGUCUUGAAGUAGGACCCGGCAGAGUGAACCUGAGCCUGUUAGAGCAAGCCAUUGCUCUGCAGACAGAGCAAAGGCAGGUGCUGCAUCAUGCCUACCGUGAGAUGGAUCGCUUCCUCAUGGAGCAGAUGACCAAUGAGAGGAGACAUCAGCGUAUGAUGGACAUGGACAACAGGCUUAGCUACCACACAGGCAAAGACUCACCGCGGACUGACAAGAGGGACAUCAAGUGUCCCACGCCGGGCUGCGAUGGCACGGGUCACGUGACGGGCUUGUACCCCCAUCACAGGAGUUUGUCCGGAUGUCCUCAUAAAGUGCGAGUUCCUCCAGAGAUCUUGGCCAUGCACGAGAACGUCCUCAAGUGUCCUACUCCCGGGUGCACAGGAAGAGGCCACGUCAACAGCAACCGUAGCACCCACCGGAGUCUGUCGGGCUGCCCCAUCGCCGCUGCUGUGAAAAUCUCCAAACCUCAGGACGAGAGCCUGAAAAGCAGACAAACGCCCGAUCGCUCACCGAGGGUCAUGGGCCUGGUCAAGAAGUUUGACUUGAGUCAGCUCAGUUACCGCCUCGCCCACCCGAUGGCCGCCCUGCAGAGCAGCCUGGGAAAGGACAUGGACAAGUACAGCAGAAUCCGCUUCGACUACGCCAGCUUUGACGCGCAAGUCUUCGGAAAGCAGCCACUCAACGGCAGUAAUCAUGACGCCGAAGUCUCGCACUAUCCUGAAUCACCUCAGCAGUAUCAUCCUGGCAUCCUGGUGGCUCCAGGUGGCCACUUGCCCACCUCCGGUCAGCUCAGCCCACCGCCGAGUCACUUGAAGCAAGAAGACGGCAGCCCCCAAAGUGCCGCCACGGCAGCCAUCCUCAACCUGUCCACUCGGUAUCGGGAGAGUGGCGAGCCGGCAGCCGCGCGGCCCCUGGCAACCUCUACAAAGGACAUGCACAUAGAGGUGGAUGAAAAUGGCACAUUGGAUUUGAGCAUGAAGAAAAGUAAAGACAGCGCCCAUGCCAAAGCGCCUUCAGAUGACCAAGCGCAUACCGAGUCACUCGUGGGGGCGGCGGCCAAAGGCUGUGGUACCGUGCGGAUGAGCCCCGCCUUCUACCAUCCACUGUGCGACAGGGAUAGCUGGGACGGCCACAUCCCCGUUAACUUCAGCCAAGCACAUGUUAUACAUGACAAUGAGCAGGAGGAGUUUGAUCAUGUUAGCAUGGAGGAGCAGCACUACCAAGGCGAGGCUGGCAUGAUGAAGGCCAAGAUGCUACUACGAGAGUCCAAGAAAGAGCUUUUGAGCUGUCCGACCCCAGGCUGUGACGGAAGCGGACACGUGACGGGGAAUUAUGCUUCGCAUCGCAGUGUGUCUGGAUGUCCCCUGGCUGACAAGACCCUUAAGUCACUGAUGGCAGCCAACUCUCAGGAACUCAAGUGCCCAACACCUGGUUGCGAUGGAUCCGGACACGUGACGGGAAACUACGCGUCGCACAGAAGCCUUUCAGGAUGUCCACGUGCCAGAAAAGGAGGUUUGAAGCUCACCCCGAGCAAAGAGGACAAAGAUGAGCAAGAGCUUAAGUGUCCUGUGUUUGGAUGUGAGGGACAGGGCCACGUAUCGGGAAAGUACACAUCUCACCGCAGCGCUAGUAGUUGCCCGCUGGCUGCCAGGAGACAAAAGGAGGCUUCCCUCAACGGGCUGCCCUUCACCUGGAAGAACAACAAACAGGAGCUGCCUCACUGCCCUCUGCCCGGCUGCAAUGGCCUCGGCCACGCCAACAAUGUGUUUGCCACCCACAGAAGCUUGUCAGGAUGCCCUCUAAAUGCACAAAGUAUCAAGAAAAAGCACUCUGAAGAGGAGAUGAUGACCAUUAAACUGAAGGCUAGCAGUGGCAUUGAAAAAAAAGAGGGUGGUCAACACUUGGAUCACGACAUCGAGGAACUGAACGAAUCCAACAUGCAAAUGGAGGCGGACAUGAAACAGCUGCAAACGCAGCAGAUCUCAUCGAUGGAGUGCAACCUGAAGAGCAUCGAGGAGGAGAACAAGAUGAUGGAGCAACACAAUGACGGCCUCCUGAAGGAGCUGGCUCGCCUCAGCCAAGCGCUUAUCAGCAGCCUCACUGACAUCCAGCUGCCUCAAAUGGGGCCCAUCAGUGAGCACAACUUCGAAGCCUACGUGAACACGCUGACGGACAUGUAUAACAAGUCGCAGCGCGAGUACUCGCCCGAGUGCAAGGCCCUGCUGGAUAACAUCAAGAAGGCCAUCAAAGGUAUCCACGUUUGA